AUGGCAACCACUGAAGACGUAGUAGCAUUCCUCGGUCCGAAGGCUUCUUACACGCAUCAAGCUACGCUUACACGCUUCCCGGACUCCAAGUAUACUGUGAAACCACAAACAACGAUUGAAGACAUCUUCGCCGCUGUGCAGAAUGGCACUGCAUCGCACGGUGUUGUGCCUUUUGAGAACUCCUCCAAUGGAUCCGUAGUAUUUACGCUCGACCUCUUUGCGGACUUAAACGGACGAUACCCGGACAUCCUCGUCUGUGGCGAAGUAUAUCUGCCAGUGCAUCACUGCCUACUGGGCCAGGCGACACCGACGAAAGUGAUGCCUACACCCAACCAGCCAAGAGUCAGACCGCAACACGACAUCAAACAUAUCAAGCAACUCUACUCCCACCCACAAGCCUGGGGCCAAUGUAAGAUCUUUCUCUCCGCCUACCUGAAAGGUGUUGAACGGCAAGACGUCUCCUCCACAUCCAAAGCCGCCGAGCUUGUCGCGCAUGACACGAAAGGCACUUGCGCGGCGAUCUCCAGCAAGAUCGCUGCCGACCUAAACGGGCUAGAUGUACUUGCCGAGGGCAUCGAAGACAAUGAGGGUAACACUACGCGUUUCUUCGUCAUUCGGAGACGAGAUGCGCUGUUUGAUGGGACGAACGCGCAGGUCGGCGAAGGGACGCGAGAGGAACAUUGCAAGACGUUGGUGUCGUUCACUGUCGACCACGGUGCACCUGGGGCUUUGGCGGACUGUCUUGCGACUUUCAAGAGGCACGAUCUGAAUUUGACGAGCAUCAACACGCGACCAAGCGGUGAAGCGGCAUGGCACUAUGUGUUCUUCGUUGAGCUCGUAGGUCGAAAGCUACCUGACGGCGAAGGUGGUGCGGUCAACGACGCGCUUCUUGAGCUGACGACAGUGGCGAAAGGCUGGAGAUGGUUAGGCAGCUGGGUUGAUGAGCUGAGAGCCUGA